AUGGAGGAAGGGGCGUCGCGACAGCCUGGGACAGGCCAGCGGCCGCCAGAGGAUGAGAAAGAGCAGAUCCGCCAGGCCAUCCAGAAGGAGUUGAAGAUCAAGGAGGGCAUGGAGAAGCUAAGGCGUGUGGCCAUAGACCGCCGCCACCUGGGUCACGUGCAGCAACUACUGAGGUCCUCCAACCGCCGCCUGGAGCAGCUGCAUGAGGACCUUCGGGCGCUGCAUGCUCACAUCACACCUGGCCCCGGGUCUGGGCUAGCUGAAUCUGCAGCUUCAGCACUCCGACCUUGGGCGGAGCAACCAAGGGCUCGGCGCCUGGAAGUUCUUCGGAAGCAGCUGGAGGUGGAGCUCAAAGUAAAGCAGGGGGCUGAGAACAUGACCCACACAUGUGCCAGUGGCACCCCCAAGGAAAGGAAAAUCGUGGCAGCUGUCAAGCAGAUGCUGCGGGACAGCCAGCUGAAGGUGGCCCUGCUGCAGAUGAAGAUCAGUAGCCUGGAAGCCAGUGGGUCGCCUGAGCCAAGUCCUGAAUUGCUGGCAGAGGAGCUACGGCAUCGACGUCGCAUUGAAGCUGCUGUGGCUGAGGGUGCUAAGAAUGUGGUGAAGUUGCUCAGUGGCCGGCGAGCACAGGACCGAAAGGCUCUGGCUGAGGCUCAGGCCCAGCUCCAGGAGUCCUCCCAGAAACUGGACCUCCUGCGCCUGGCCUUGGAGCAGCUGCUGGAGGGGCUGCCUCCUGCCCACCCACUGCGUGGCAGUGUGGCCCGGGAGCUGCAGACGGCUGUUCCGGGGAACCUUCAGCCUUCUGGGACACUUGUGAAGCCCACCACUUUGACAGGGAUGCUGCAGGUCCGCCUCCUGGGCUGUGAGCAGGUGCUGACUGCUGUGCCUGGACGCUCUCCAGCCGCUGCCCUGGCUGGCAGUCCCUCUGAAGGCUGGCUUUGGGCCAGGGCCAAACAGCAACGUGGUGGGGGCGAACUGGCCAGUGAAGUGCUUGCUGUGCUGAAGGUAGACAAUCGUAUUGUGGGUCAGACAGGCUGGGGCCCAGUGGCCAAGCAGUCCUGGGACCAGACCUUUGACAUUCCCCUGGAGCAGGCCCGUGAGCUGGAGAUUGGGGUGCAUUGGCGGGACUGGCGGCAGCUGUGUGGUGUGGCCUUCCUGAGGCUCGAGGACUUUCUGGACAAUGCCUGUCACCAGCUGUCCCUCAGCUUGGUGCCCCAGGGGCUGCUCUUUGCUGAGGUGACCUUCUGUGACCCCGUCAUUGAGAGGAGGCCUCGGCUACAGAGGCAGAAACGCAUUUUCUCCAAACGCAGAGGCCAGGAUUUCCUGAGGGCUUCCCAGAUGAACCUCAGCAUGCUGGCCUGGGGGCGCUUGGUCAAGCUGCUGCCCCCCUGCAGGUCCCCAAGCACCAUCAGCCCCUCUAGAGGCUGCCCCCAGACCCCAGCCAUACCCCAGGGGGCUGCCAAUCCUGCCUCCCCCAGUAACUUCCCACCCAGGAAAGCCCCCUUGGGAGAAGAGACAAAACCCCCUCCAAAACCCCCCCGCAUCUACCUGCCCCAGGAGCCCACCCCCGAGGAGAUUCCGUGCACUAAGCGCCCCCACAUGGAGCCUAGGAUGAGAUUUGAAGUACCCUCUGCAACCUCAUCCAGCAGGAAACCCCCCCGGCUUCAGGACUUCCGCUGCUUGGCUGUGCUGGGCCGCGGGCACUUUGGAAAGGUCCUUCUGGUCCAAUUCAAGGGGACAGGAAAAUAUUACGCCAUCAAAGCGUUAAAGAAGCGGAAGGUGCUAGACCGGGAUGAGAUAGAGAGCUUGUACUGCGAGAAGCGGAUCUUAGAGGCCGUGGGCCGCGCUGGGCACCCCUUCCUGCUCUCCCUCUUUGCCUGUUUCCAAACCCCCAGCCACACCUGUUUCGUGACCGAGUUUGCACCCGGGGGAGACCUUAUGAUGCAGAUUCACGAGGAUGUCUUCUCUGAGCCCCAAGCCCGGUUCUACCUGGCCUGUGUGGUCCUGGGGCUGCAAUUCUUACACGAAAAGAAGAUCAUUUACAGGGACCUGAAGUUGGACAACCUCCUGCUAGAUGCCCAGGGGUUCCUGAAGAUUGCAGACUUUGGGCUGUGUAAGGAAGGGAUUGGCUUUGGGGACCGGACAAGUACCUUCUGUGGCACCCCGGAAUUCCUGGCCCCCGAGGUGCUGACCCAGGAGGCCUACACACGGGCUGUGGACUGGUGGGGGCUGGGUGUGCUGCUCUAUGAGAUGCUGGUAGGCGAGUGCCCAUUCCCAGGGGAUACCGAGGAGGAGGUUUUUGACAGCAUUGUCAACGAAGAUGUCCCUUACCCCCGCUUCCUGUCUGUGCAAGCACUUGAGCUCAUUCAGAAGCUUCUCCAGAAGUGCCCAGAGAAGCGCCUGGGGGCCAGUGCAUGUGAUGCUGAGGAGAUCAAGGCACAGCCUUUCUUCAGGACCACCAACUGGCAGGCCCUGCUUGCCUGCACAGUCCAGCCCCCCUUUGUGCCCACCCUCUGUGGCCCUGCAGACCUGCGCUACUUUGAGGGAGAGUUCACUGGGCUGCCACCUACUCUGACUCCACCUGACCUUCGGAGCCAGCUCACCAUCCAACAACAGGCUGUCUUCCGGGACUUUGACUUUGUGUCAGAGCGGUUCCUGGAGCCGUGA